CAACAACUCUUAACCAAAACGCCACUCUAUAGCCACAAAUAAUGCUCAGAACAGCACCUAACUUCAUCAACAGUACAUAUAGGGUCCCAGCUAUAGCACUAGCCACCAAACAUCUUUUUAACUUUACCUAAUUUCUUUAACAAAGAGACUAAACACAACUUACCCACUCUCCUCCAGCAGCCGCUUGUUUGUAGCAAGACCUCGGGCCAGUCCAUUACAGACUACAGCGGGGUGAUGCAGCUCAAGGAAGAACAUUUAUGAUCAUUAAUUUACAGAGAUGCAAUCGGACGCUAAGGCGGAAGAACUACUGCAUCUACAUUUUAAAAUGAUUAAUAUGGUGUUUAUUACUUCAAGGAAAUGAUAAAGAAAUAUCAUAGCAGCUUUCUUAAACACGACAUGUCCUUUUAAACAGUUAAUGAUUAAUCAGAAUAAUCAGAACUAUUUAAGGCUGAGACUGACAGUGGAACUCCAUAGACAAACUGCCACUGCCACAAAGACUGCCACUUUGAGAAUGAAGAUGACACUGAUAUGCUUCCUGCUGUUGCUGCUUCUCUGCUCUCUAUCCACAGCUCAGCUUCAAGCAGGCUCAGACAAUCAAAUCACUCUUCAUGGCGAAAAACAAGAAGGUGCUGCUGACAACCAACAGACCUGUGCACAAGACCUCAAUGCUGUGCUGAGAGAGAUGAGUGCCUCACUGGCUGAACAGAGGGUAGAGAUGAGGUACUUACAAAGAUGGAAAGAAGGUAUGCCCACCGUCCAGGUGAUAUGAUAUAAUGCACAGUUGAUAUGAUGUUUUUGUUGUUGUUUUAGUACACUGAAAAGAAUCUCUUGUAUCUCAGUUAAAGUGAAGAACUUUAAGAAAGUUAAUUCUGUGGUCAAAUCAAAACUAAUGUAGAAGAUGUAUUUUUAUAUCAAAGCACAGGCAGCGAAACUGGACUUACAGAAGACUGAGAUUGACAAGCUGAAGACUGAGCUGGACAGUCUGGAACAACAAUUUAGAGGUAUUAAGUGAGGAUCAUUAAGUCUUUGAUUAUGAUGAAUUCAGGUUUUGUUUUAAGAAUCAGUUGCAAAAAUAUACAAGAUUUUAUUCUCAUUUUUGCUUCCACAUUAGUUAACCGAUAAUAUGUUCUCUCCCACAGUGGUACAGGUGGCUUUCUCAGCCUCUUUACUGGCAUCAGGCUCAGGGACUAUCGGGCCAUUUAACACACACACUCCUUUGGUGUUUAGGCAUGUGGUCACAAACAUUGGAAAUGCCUACAACCCAAACACAGGUAUCAUAUUCUACAAACAUAUUAAUCAAUGUGACCUUUAGUUCGUGUGAGGACCAGCAGAGUUGACAGGUGUUGAAAUUCUUUUUUGACAUGUAAUGUUAAAUUAUGUCACACAGGUUUCUUCAUUGCACCAGUGAGAGGAGCCUACCACUUUGAGUUUUACAUAGGUGCACAUGGACAUGCUUCACAUGCUUCAGGUGCUGUGUUGGUGAAGAAUGGAGUCCAUAUUUUUAUUGCAUAUGAGCAUCAGCCUUCUUAUUAUGGAUCUUCUUCUAAUGGUGUAACUCUGCUUCUAGAGGUUGGAGAUGUUGUGUUUCUACGUCUUUGGCAAAACACAAUAAUAUUUGACAAUGAAAAUCACCAUAGCACAUUUAGUGGUCAUCUGCUUUUUACUAUGUAAGAUGGAAACAUUUGUUCAUGUUUUUAGCAGCUGUUUAAACAUGCACACACCUAUUCAUCAUUCCGUUUUCAUUUACAUUAAACUAGUAAACACAGACACAAAAACAAGACCUUUUGUUGUUUUCUUUUUUGUUUCUGCACUGAUUUCUAUAUCUGCAUCCAAUACACAGUGGGAGGUGAUAAGGACAUUUUCUAAAGCCAUGACCC